AUGUCCAUACCGAAGAUUACCCUAUUUGUCGACAUCGUGAGCCCGUUCGCGUACAUCGCGUUCUAUGCUCUGCAUAACUUCCCAGCCUUUAAGCAAUGUGACAUUACGUAUGUACCCGUAUUUCUGGGAGACAAAGACAAGUGGAUAAACACCGAGCGCAUUCGCUGGUCCAAUUAUCUCAAUGUCCCCGUCUCUCAAUCGUCUCCACCUGGCUUCCCCACGAAUACAAUAUCCAUUCAACGCGUUUUGACUGCAAUCUCCCUCUCGCACCCUGCCUCUCUCCCUAGUGCCCUUUCUCUAUUCUGGCAGAACUACUGGGUGCACUGGAACGACCCUUCGACCCCAGAAAACCUACUUGCGAUCGUGAGUACGAUUGUGGGUGGGGAGGAGGAGGCAAGGAGGGUGAUUGAGGCUAGCAAGGGGAAGGAAGUCAAGGAGAAGUUGACGGAGAACACUGAAUGGGCGGUUAGGGAGGAGGCUUUUGGGUUGCCAUGGUUUCUUGGUGAGUGUGAUUGCUGCUGUGUGGUGAGGCAGUAA